AUGGCCUAUCACCCCCAAACGAACGGCCAAGCUGAGGUUUCCAAUCGGGAGAUUAAACGCAUAUUAGAAAAAAUUAUGAAGCCUCAUCGGAAAGAUUGGAGUGCUAAACUCACCGAUGCACUAUGGGCCUACCGAACGACGUACAAGACACCAAUUGGCAUGAGUCCCUUUCGGUUGGUCUAUGGCAAAGCUUGCCACUUACCGGUGGAGAUAGAGCACAAAGUAUAUUGGGCCGUCAAGGAGUGCAACUCAAGUUUGGGAGGGGCCGGAAUUGAGAGAAAGCUACAACUUGUAGAAUUGGAGUGUUUACAGUUAGAAGCAUAUGCAAACUCUAGACUUUACAGGAAAAGGAUGAAAGUCGUGCAUGAUAAGACCAUAAGAGGAAAAGAAUUUAGAGCCGGCGAUCAUGUCCUCCUCUACAAUUCAAGAUUAAGAUGGAUGUCCGGGAAGCUAAGGUCAAGAUGGGAAAGACCUUAUGUAGUAGAAAAAGUAGAGCCAUACGGAAUCUAUCAUUUGCGCCAUCCUUCAAGCUCCGACAUUUUCAAGGUUAAUGGGCAUCGUCUAAAGCUGUAUCUUGGUGAAAAUAUGAAAAGCAACAAGGAGAUAGAGGUGUUCCUUUUGGAAGAUGCACCUAAUGGCAACAAGAAUUGA